AUGACGGCGUAUCAUGCGGCCGCGAACAGCAUGGUGGAACCUUUUCACCGCCAGUUGAAGGCAGCGCUACGGCUGCACGCAGAUUCUUCAUGGUCUAAAACACUUUCCGUCUUUCUCUUAAACAUAAGCAACACUGUUAAAACCAGUUUCGACACCACACCAACACAGUUAGUGUACGGUUGCAGGCUGCGGUUGCCCGGACAGCUGGUAGCACCAGCCCCCUCUACUUCUUCUUUUGACGACGGAAGUUACACUGAUAGAUUGGCGCACCAGAUGCGUGAGUUACGUCCACCCGCUCCUCGAGCGCAGCAGACACCAGUCUACGUGCCCGAAAAGCUGUCUACCUGUUCACACGUCCUUUUUCGCGCAGACGGUGUUCGACAGCCUCUUCAGUCGCCGUACAUAGGACCUUACAAAGUGCUACACCGUGCGAGUAAGACGUACACAACUGACCGCGGUGGUCGACGCGAAGUCGUCAUCAUUGACCGUCCAAAACCCGCCUUUAUGGAAGAAACCACCUCACCUACUUCGUCUAGUAAUGUUUCGUGCGACGUCACAACUCACCGCACCAGCUUUCAGCAUCCUAGUGAAGUUCAUCCAGACCACGAUCUCGGUCUACAAGCUUCAGUCGUCCCGAGAUCUUCCGAAUCUAGCCCACCACCUCCCACGACCAAUCGUCGUGGUCGGGAGGUGCGUAAGCCGGUUUGUUUCUCCGAAUAUAUACAGUGUAAAUACGUUUAG